GGCUGUGCUGAGGCGGCGGUUGGGUUUGAACGCGCGCGGGCGGCAGAGCUCCUGGCCCUGACCGCGACACCCCCGGUACCGCCACCGCUGACCUCCCCGCCGCCAUGGCUCCUGCGAGAAAGAAGGGAGGCGCCGUCAGCCGCGAUAAGAAGGCGGUGGCCUUCCUGAAGGACUUCGAUCGUGAGGUGAAGAAAAGGAUAGAAGAGCUACAGACCAAUGGGCAGUGCCUCAUCAAAGAGAUGGAGAACCUGUACAACAUGGACAUCUUGCGGCUGCCGCUGCCACUCCGCAAGAUGAACUGGCUGGAUUACUUCGCUAAAGGAGGAAGCCAAAAGGCGCUGGAAGAAGCAGCAACGGCAGACUUGGAAAUCAAAGAAAUAAACAAAUUAACAGCAGAAGUUGUCCAGGCUCCUUUAAAAAUCGUUGAGAAAGUGGAAAAGCCCAAACAGCAUAUUGAAGCUAUUGAAAAAGAAGCAGAAGCUCCUUUGCUUCCUCUAGCAAAGAAAGCAAAACACAAUGGCCAGUGUCUUCCAGAGCUAGAAGCGGAAAAUAUUAAUCCAAAAGCUGGAAAGGUGAAGGCGUCCACUAAAAAAGUGCCAGUGUCCAGGAGCAGAAGACCUCCUUCAGCGAGACUGAGGCGCAUGAGUAAAAGAUCAAGCAAAAACAACUUUAUCACUCCAGCUACCGGCAGAAUUGAAACUCUAUGUGCUCAGGGAGGAACUUCCAUGGUCACACCCAGAUUUGAUUCCAGAAUUUUCAAGACGCCAGGUCUGCGCACACCCGCAAUAAAUGAACGUGUUUACACUAUCUCUGCCAACGGCAGCCCCCUCGCAAACAGCAACGACAUCUUCAUCACAGUCCCUGUUGGAGGAGGAGAGAGCAUCUGUUUAACAGCAAAUGAUUUGACCAAGAAGAAUCUUCUUCAUCUGAAUCCAGAGGCCCAAGGAAUUAUGAAGCAGCUAUCAGUUCGUCUCGCACAAGCUUGCAGUGGUGCGAAAAACCUCAGAUGAAACUCGGUGGAUGUUGACAAUCCUUUGUAAAUACAGAAUGUUACAUUUAGGACUGCUACCUUUUUAGUUCUUGUUCUAAUUAGCGUCUUACCUCUAUCGAUAUAUCCUUUAAGGCUGAGACCAAGAUACAGUUAUCUUGGGCUUGCAGACCAGCAAGCUGGGUAGAAAGACUAUUCUGGUAUCUUGCAGAAGAUGUAAGCAGUGGAAAUGAGUGACUGAAGUUUGCAUCUGUCUGGGCAAAGAAAGCAGCAGAUCAGACUUGUGCUUCCUUCCAGGCAUGUCCUUUCUCUGCAAACCUGCUUAAAAGUUGAUGACUAUCUCAGUAUGGAACCUGAGAUACCUAAAGGCGAGAUACUGGUGUCUGGGACUCAACAGAGAGCUUCUUUGUAGUUGAUGCUGCUGCCAUGGAUUGCAGCCCUUUUGUUCUUAGGGUAGCUGUUGUAUUUGUAACUGGGUUUGAGUUUUUUUAUAUGGAACUUAUGAAUAUUAUUGUUUUUAAAGGAAUUAAAAAUCGUAAGUACUUUACCUUAACAAAAUCAAUUGGCCAGACCACUGCUUAACUGCAUUACUGAGAGUAACCUUAGAGUUAGGCUGGUGUAUCUAAUGUGAAAGAGCUUUUAUUUUCCUACAUCCUCUUCAAAAGCUUUAGAAAAAGCAGUACUCCUGGAACUGAGUGUAGAUGGGGAGGAAGAAAGCAAAACAUUGUUUUACCCUUUCUUCUCUUCUAAAUUGAGUUGAUUCCUUGCAUUUCUUUGACAAAGAACCUUAUCCCACAAAUACUGUUUGAAUAAUCUAUCUUCCUCAGUCAUUAAUGGUUUUUUUCACCAAUUGCUUACAGAAAAUACGUGGAAAUCUUGCUCCACUUCAAAUUAAUGAAAAUUCAACUUUAAACAUAGCUGCUUGGGAAAGAGUGACUCCGCAUUUAAAAAUGUAAGCAGGAGCACUCAUCUGGCUUAACGCUUCCUUGCAAAAUGAAGCAGGGAAGAAGACUUGGAUUUGCUUUCCUACAAGCACUAUCUUAUGUUCCAGCAGCCUGGAAAACCAGUGUUCUGUGUGAAGUACCAGGUGUCUGUAGGAAGACUGCAAAUUGGGAAACAUUCCUUUUGCUCUAAAGCCAGGGUUUGAUUUUUAGUGUGGAUCUUUGGAGCUGGUACAGUGUGGGAGAGGAUGUUUCUCUUGUCUCUUCUCUUGUCUGUGGUUGGCUUUGAGUCCCAAAGCAUUAUUUUGUAUGGAUCAUACAAAGUCAAAUACGUGAAGUGGCAUCUGCAAGAGACAACUUGAUAAUCCUUCCUGUGCUUCAGCACAGAAGCUAAUACAAGAACAUUUUAACUGGCAUGUGAAGAGAGCAUUCCAAGUAAAGAACUUUGAUUCUCUAACUUUGUCUAAGGUUUUGUUUUCUAGAAGUAAGCCUUUUGCUUUGUUAGCUGGCACUGUCCUGGCCAAAGGUACUUUUUGUCCUUCAUUUGAGCCUCUUGGGGCUAUAAACAAGGAGGGUGGAGCUUUGGGAAUUUUUCCAGGUCAGGAAAAGUCCUGGGUUUAAAAGCCAAGCCUUACAAUGUGAUUAAGAAGGAAGACUGGAACAAGCUGCUAUCGGAGGUAGCUUACGCUUUGGUGUAAAUCUUUGAUGCAGCAUGUGGCAUGAGAGAAAGUUCAUAGAACAGCAUUUGUGCAUGGAUUUCCUUUAAAAAGCAAACGUCACUGUAACAGAAACCUCAAGAGUAUCCAAUCUAUUUGAAAAUCGCUGCCUGAGAGGGUUUGGCAGCAUCUAAGUCCAAACUGCAGGUGGCAAUAUUGUAAACUGCUAAGCUCCAAGUGCGCUUGCCUUGCUGUCUCUGUUGAAUUCUGUUGACGUACUAAUUAAAACCAACUAGUUAAGCUGGAAAUAA